CAGAAAGUUCUGAUGAUAUUGACAGUCUUUCUGCUUGUGACGAGGUAGUUGAUAAUAAUGAUGCUGCAAACAUCAUGAAGAGGCUUCAACUAAUUGAGAAUGAUGAUGCCGAAAACAUUGUAAAAAAAGUUCAAGAUGCUGCAAAUAAAUAUUACCAGGAAUGUGAUUCUAACCAAACCCAUAGACUAUGUUAUUUAGGAAACUCAGUUCGCACUAAAAGAAGAAAAAAACAGCAACAACGUAAGCUAGCGAAAGGAACCCCUACAUUACAUACUUUCUGGGCCCCAAAAAAAUCUUCUGAAGAAACUAGUGAAGCAGAAUUGUAUGAUGAUGUUGAUGAACAGUUAAAGAAUGAAAGACAGUUAGAAGAAUUUGAUAAUGAACAGUUGGCGAAUAAAGGAUGGUUGGAAGAAGUUGAUGAGAAUGAUAUUGGAGGAAUGUCGGAGGAUGAGAUUGAACCCCAUAAUUGGAAUAAAAAAAUCUCAACUGUCCUUGAAAACUUAACAUUCGAUAUCAAAAAAGAAAAUGUAAAAAGUGAAGUUUGGGUGCGUCUUAAUAGCAUCCGUUUUUAUCUCCAGCUUGUAAAAAGCAAUCACCAAAAAAUAAAAGCAAGUAAAAUAAUUGCUGAUGCUGCGGGAAAAGGGGUAUACCAUGCUAAAUGCAUUCGUUUCUGGGCAUAUGAUUAUGUUAUGACAUGCCAGAUUCCCUACUCUCGUCGAGGACACCAUGCCAAAACAUGGAGCUUUCUCUGGGAUGAAGAUAUUCUUCUUCAAAUAAAAUCGUAUGUUCAAGAAAAUAAGUAG